AUGGCAACAACAUCGCCCCAACAAUCCACAAUCGAGACCCCAGAAAUGCUCGCAAGACAACCCUCGCGACCAUCGCAACCCCUCCCCUACGCUCCCCGCCUAGGCAUGCCCUUUGACCGCCGCCUCCUCCUCACAACCUCGCUCUCCUUCCUCUCAGGCUUCACCCUCGGCUCUCUCAACGCCGGUCACAUGGCCUCUCUGCGCUUCCGCGCCGAAAACGCGCAUCGUCUGCCCAUCUCAAACCCCGGGUGGUACCUCUACCACAAGUCCAAGAACUAUUACAAAUGGCGCUAUGGCAUUGUCGAAGGGUUGAAAAAGGGUACAUACAUUGCAGCGUGGUCCUCAAUAUUUUUCAUCGUGGAAGAGAGUUUAGAUGUCUUCCGCGGGACAUGGCGCGCGGGGCGCACAAUGGAGGAGAUGGAAGGUGUUGACGAAUUGGAUAUGCGGAGAAUCGAUCGCGGGGUGGAUGGGAGUAGGGACUUCGUAUCGAGUGGGUUGGCGGGUAUGGUUACGGGUGGGCUGUGGAGUGCGUGGCAUCAAUUUCCUGUGAGCACGGCUGCGAGGACGAUACGGAUGGGAUUGCUUGUUGGGCUUGGAUUUGGACUGGGCCAGGAUGGAUUGAUAUGGGCAAAGAAGAGGUGGGGUAUCAAAGACGGGGAGAGCUGGAUAUACAAGGGCGCAAGGAACAAGAUGAUCGAAGAGGAUGUCAAGAGCAGUUUGGAGAAAGAAUGAAGAUGUUGGUGGGUUCAAAACAGAUGUUAUUCAAGUAAGGCUUCAAGAGGACACAUAAUGUGUGGUCAAAGACUGCGUACAGAAGAAGUGCAGAGCUCAUACACAGACAGUCGCAACUGUGGUAGAGCACGCCGCGGCACGGUGG